CUCGCCGCUCCGUGGAUUUACUUUGUUGCGCCGCAUUACGCAGUGAAAGUCGAGGGGGAAAACUAGAGAGAAGUCUUUGCUGGGAUACUAAAUAUUUCUUCUGACCACGUCUCUAUGUCGCGCUGCAAAACCGAUGGUUGCAGGACAGAAAUAGUUCGAGCCCUGACUAUUUUUACUAAUGCUUUGAUGCGAUUUACUGUUCAUUCAUUCCUUUCGCGACCGACACCGUUUAUCUGUCCUGCUCUGCUCCGAAGCGGUUUUUCCAGCGCUCCUAAAGCGGUGUAACGGAGGGUAAACCACAUCUAAAGUCACCUCUUUAUUUGCUGGACAGCUUCUCAGAAAUCUUUAUUACAUUAGGUUAUUUGAGUUGCACGCAUCAAACUGGUGAAGCGAAAAGUGAGUGAGCUACUGGGAUAAACAAGCACAGAAAUAAGCGUUGUGUACAUUUGUUUUUCUUUUAUUCCGGUGGAUAUGCGCGAUAUCAUGCUCUCCGUCAGUCCACACGCCCUCCAUUAUCUUUAAUCAGCGUUAAAUCAAUGAGUGGACAUGAAGUCAGAGCGCGCCUAUAGUGAGGAUAGCGCGUCGUUAAUGUUUAUGUCUAUUCCCUCUGGUUUCCAAAGUUAAUGGUAGUGGAAGGGGGCUGGUGUAUCGGUGUAAGAGGGAGGGGGGGGGGGGGCUUGUGUGGUCGUGGCACAGCUUUGAAGAUCAGUCAUCAGAGCGCAGGGGCCCGGGGACGGAGACAGAGCAGCCAGUCAAAAUGCUCGUUUGUGGCGAGCGGAGCUGAAAUCUGUGCGCAACUGGAUCAAAAAAAGAGAAAAGUGGGGUCCGCAUGGAGCUUAAAAUGACAGGAAUAUUACAUGCUGGGUGUUUGCUCUUAAAUGGAUUACCAAAGGAGUAUGAUAUUCAGUCGGAGUGCCCCACUCACGAGUGAAUUCGGACACGCAAGGUAACACCUCCACUAGAGUGAAACAGGAAGUGUCGUCUGUGAGCAGCCAUGGGCCAGAGAGCUGUGCUUCUGCUCAGUGAGCUGCUGCUGCUGCUGCUGACAGCCUCACGCACUCUCCUCGCAGUCAGCUUCCCCGAGGACACCGUGCCCCUCGACGUCGUUGACGCACACUUUGCACGGCGGUACCCUGUGUUCAGAGGCAGGCCCUCUGGCAACGAGUCGCAGCAUCGCCUUGACUUUCAGCUGAUGACCAAGAUACAGGACACUCUGUUCAUCGCUGGCAGAGAUCAGGUGUACCUGGUCAGUCUGAGAGAAUCCUACAGGAAUGAGAUCAUUCCUUACAGGAAGCUAACAUGGCGAUCGGGCCAAUCUGACAGAGACACCUGUGCCGUCAAGGGAAAACACAGAGACGAGUGCCACAACUUCAUCAAAGUGCUGGUUCCCAGAAACGACGACCUGGUGUUCAUCUGCGGUACCAACGGCUUCAACCCCAUGUGCAGAUACUACAGGCUGGAUAACCUUGAGUUUGAUGGAGAGGAGAUCAAUGGACUGGCACGAUGCCCAUUUGAUUCCAAGCAAACCAACGUUGCCCUUUUCGCUGAGGGGAAGCUGUAUUCGGCCACUGUAGCUGACUUCCAGGCCAGUGAUUCUGUCAUCUAUCGCAGUAUGGGUGAUGGAUCAGCCCUGAGGACCAUCAAAUACGACUCCAAAUGGCUGAAAGAACCUCAUUUCCUGCACGCAGCAGAGUAUGGGAAUUAUGUGUACUUUUUCUACCGGGAGAUUGCGGUCGAGCACAGCAAUCUGGGCAAGGUUGUGUAUUCCCGCGUGGCCCGGAUCUGUAAGAACGACGUCGGUGGGUCGCAGCGGGUGCUGGAGAAGCACUGGACAUCUUUCGUGAAGGCAAGGCUCAAUUGCUCGGUGCCAGGGGAGUCCUUCUUCUACUUCGACGUGCUUCAGUCCAUCACUGACAUCAUCAACAUCAACGGAGAACCCUCGGUGGUGGGUGUGUUCACCACACAGAUGAACAGUAUCCCAGGGUCAGCAGUGUGUGCCUUCUCCAUGGCCGACAUAGAGACGGUAUUCAUGGGACGGUUCAAAGAGCAGAAGACUCCCGACUCCGUGUGGACUCCAUUUCCAGAGGAGAAGCUGCCCAGACCUCGACCCGGGAGCUGUGCAGGUCAUGGUCCAGCUGCAUCCCUAAAGAGCUCCAUCGAGUUCCCGGACGAUACCCUGCAGUUCAUCAAGUCCCACCCCCUCAUGGACACAGCUGUGCCUUCUAUUGGGGAUGAGCCGUGGUUCACCAAGACUCGCGUCAGGUACAGACUGACAGCGCUGGCUGUGGACAAUGAAGCAGGACCUCACAAGAACCACACAGUGGUGUUCAUCGGGGCCGAGUCUGGGGUUGUCCUCAAGGUUUUGGCCAAGACCUCUGUGUCUCUGAAUGACAGCCUGCUUCUGGAGGAGAUAGAUGUCUUCAACGGGGCCAAGUGCCUGUCUAACCAUGAGGAUGACAAGCGUGUCCUCUCGCUGCACGUGGACAAAGAGGCACACAGCCUGUAUGUCGCCUUUUCAAGCUGUGUCAUCCGAAUUCCCCUGAGUCGCUGUGAAAGGCAUUCGUCCUGCCACAAGUCCUGCAUUGCAUCAAGGGAUCCCUACUGUGGCUGGGUGCCUCAUGGGGCCUGUGAGAGGAUACAGCCUGGUGUUUUGACUGGAUAUGAGCAAGACAUUGAAUUGGGAAACACUGCCCACCUGGGAGACUGCAACGCGUUUUUGGGCACUACAUCAGCGCCAGAUUACAAAUCAUUUGGCGACCCUACCUCUGACAUGGAGUUUUCAUCACCACCAGUCACAGUCCACCCCAGUGGGCCCAUAGACCCCCCCGUACUCAUACCCACUCAGAGCCCCAGCUCUGGGCCUGGUCCAGAGCUCUACGGCUCAGACCUUGCGCUGCAGGAUGACCCAGCCACCUCCCAUCCUUUAGACUCUAUCCCAGGGGGCCAAGAGGGAGUGUGGGAUAUCCGAGCAGGUGAGACCAACCAGAUGGUCCACAUGAACAUCCUCAUCACCUGCGUGUUUGCUGCGUUUCUCAUGGGUGCCCUCCUGGCUGGUCUGAUUGUUUUCUUCUACCGAGACUCAUUCCUCCGUAAGCCAAGACGUGUCCACAAGGAUGCAGAGUCUGCACCGUCCUGCUCCGACUCCACUGGAAGCUUUAUCAAGCUCAAUGGCCUCUUUGACAGCCCUGUAAAGGAGUACCAGACCAACAUUGAUUCUCCUAAGAUGUACACCAAUCUGCUGAGCAACGGCAAAGACCUGAAUUCACCCAACGGAGACACCAAGACCAUGAUCUUGCGGGACGGCUGUCAGCCCCCUGAGCUGGCUGCCCUGCCUACACCCGAGUCCACCCCUGUGCUUCAGCAGAAAAGCCUGCAGCCCAUCAAUAACCAGUGGGAGAGGGCUCACACAAAGGCCAGCAGACCUUGUAAGGAGUCCAACUCAUCAGCCAAGAGUCCUCAGUUCCUUCUUUCUUCUGCUGGUGCUCCUCCUAACUCCAACUCCAACCACCCUCACCUCGCCUUGGGACACUCCCACAUCCCAAGUGCGGUUGUCCUGCCCAAUGCCACACAUGACCACUCUAACCUUGACAAUGGAGAUGAUACACUGCCACAUUCGUCUGAAAGGAAGCCGAGGAACCCAGACUCUAAGGGAAGUAGGAAAGACCCGAAAAGGUCUGUGGAUGCUAGAAAUACCCUAAAUGACCUUUUAAAACACCUUAAUGACUCAGUGGCCAACCCCAAGGCCAUUCUUCAAGAGGGAUCGGGGCCUCGGCCAAGGCAACAGCUCACUCUGGAGCCCAUGGAGGAACUGACUGAAUUACCCCCCAAGGUGCCCAGCCGUGAAGCUUCCCUGUACUCCCCCUCCUCCUCCCUGCCGAGGCACAGCCCCACCAAGAGGGUUGAUGUACCCCUGCCCAGCACCCCCACAACGCCAACGGGCAGCCUGAGCACAGGGGGCACCCUGGAGAGGCAAAGAGGGGGGUAUCAACUCCACCGGAGUGCCUCUCACAGGCACUCCUUAUCCACCUCGCCAAAUGGGGUAACCAUGGGGGUGUCUGUGUCUCGCCAACACAGUAUGAACAGAGGGGGUUACAUGCCCCCAACACCCCCCUCCAGACUUGACUCCCAAGGCGGAGUGAUGGGGGCGGGAAUGCACUCAGCCCACCCAUCUUCUGUUCCCCGACAGAGCUACAGUGGGUAUGGCUCACUCCCUCGCACAGGGCUUCAACGGACCCCAUCGCUAAAGCCAGAUGUGCCCCCUAAACCCAAUGGGUUUUCACCACAGACUCCACAGAUGCGAGUGGUCAACAAGUACAGUUAUUAAAAGAGCAUGGACACUUCUGAGUGAGCUCUUGGCCUCGACUGUAAAGCUUUGAGCCCCGAGGGCUUGGGGGAAGGGGCUACAGAUGGGGUAGGGCCUAGUGUGUGUUUGUGUAUCGACUUGAGGUAUGUUCGCCCUUUAAAUGAUAUGCACAUUCACUCACGCUGAAAAAGGGAAAAUCACACGUGGCCAAAGAUACUCCUUGGGGCUUUUUUUUGCUCCCUACAUCUCCAUCUCCCUCCCUUGUCACGGUAGCCACAGGAUAUGAACAGUGGACAGUGGUGAAUCUGCUGCUCUCCAUUGUAUCUGGGCUUGGGUGUCUCCCGUUCUAAUAUUAGGUACGAGGUUUAGGACACCAGCUGGGACCGCUACAGCGUCUGUGUGUGGAGUGCUGGGUUUAAAGCCGUGGAAUACUUGAAGAAUGGGUCUCAUUUGUCACUGCCCUUGAGCACUGUCUUCCCACUAAUGUGAACUGAACAAAGAGGAGAAGUAGGCCUUUGUUGGUAGGAUGGCCGGGGGCAGCGGAGAGGGAAAUCCAAAAAUGAUAAGAGUGUGUGUGUGUGUGUGUGUGUGUGUGUGUGUGUGUGUGUGUUGCUUAAGAUACAUAUGACCGUGGACAGCUGAAUCAAGCAGCAAGCGAACAGAGAAAAGGAGUGCAAAUGAAUGUGAUUGUGUGUGUUGGUUGAUUGGAAAGCAGAUUUGUGUACAGGCAGUACACUUAUUAAGCCUUCACACUUGUUUAUCAAGAGUGGCCACAUGCCAGAGGAUGCAACUUAAGACCUAAGUCACUGUCUCAUUUCAAUAAUAUUAUCACAUCUUUGGUCUUUUCUGACCCAUCUGAACUGAGAUUAACUCGUAUUUUUGUGUCACUCUGUAGUGUUUUUGGUAAUUAGGUUAAGAUGAAGUGAAGUUGGUCAUGCUGGGACAGGGACUCUGUAACUCACUUGGAAAUUUUAUUUAGUAUUUGCUGCUAUUGGUUUUAGACAGUGGCGUUUGUCUUGGAUGCAUUUUUUUCUCUACCAGACUGGGAUAGCCCUUGAUAUGGGUGUGCACAUCUGCCUGCUUGUUUGUGAGUGAGUGAGUGUGUGUGCGCGUGCGUGUUAUAUUGCAGAGGCCAAGAAGUACAGUUUUCAGCAACCAAACACACUGUUAAAUCUGAUAUAUUGGAAAAAAUGCUUCUCUCCAGUACUGAAAACUCCCCUAACCUCCACUGCCCCUUUGUAGGAAUUAUACUGGUGGUUCAGGAGACUUCUUUCUUUAUGUAGCAAUGGUAUUAAGAAAAAAACAUACAUUUCUCAUCUCAUUCUAUAAAUUAAUUUUGAACAAAAUGAUUUGCCUUUAUAAUGUUUUACUGUGUUAUUUAAAGAUCUUACCAUACGACACUAAAGCAACACCAAUGGUUAAGCCCGUGUAUAUGAAUUCAACAUUUCAGGGCACUUCUGUUCCGUUAAACU